AGAGUGGCCAGAGAGAGAGAGAGGGAGAGAUGCAAGACAGUGAUGUGUGAAUGUCAUGCAAUGAUGUGAUUGUGAAUACAUCGCAUACAUGCCUGGACCAGUGACUUUUGAGCACAUGGGAAAGUUGUAAGCCUAUAUGGACACUAACGUGGAGUCCUGUCCUCGCCGACAAUUAUUAAACGCAAAGAAUGUUUCAGGGGGCAGUCUGGUCAGGGAUGAGAGAGCAUUAUUUCGGAGAGAUUGGAAAGUGAAAGUAAAAAACCCGUGACAUCUGGGCCUGUAGAAGCAAGUUUUUUUAACAGGCUCUGCCCUCAUUCGGAGCUGCUGCCGGAGACGAACAGAUUCGCAAUUAUUUUUUUUCUCAUUUUGAAGAGCUGGUCGCCAAAGAGGGCAAGAAAGGGAGGCUUCGGUUAUUUUCCUAAAUUCGCUUUGGUCUGAGACGGGGUUUUGUUCUGGGUGUUGCCACACUCAGAUAAUCUGUUGAAGACGACACAUCGUGCCAAUGUCACUGUCCGGAUUAACGCACGCGUUGUUUCCCAGACUUGUAAAUCAUUUGUGUGGGGCAUGUGUGCUUUUGAUCGUUGCUGCUGCGGGUUAUUCUGAAGAUACUGGAUUGUUGAAGUGACGGGUUUCGGUUGUUACAGGCUAACACGGAGCGAAAAGGGCCUGGUGGUGCUCUGGAACAGUGUGGGCUCUGAGUCGGAGGCCUCCAGCGUGUUUAGACAGGGACCUCAGUUGGACUAUGUGCCGGCCAACAACCUGGCUCCUGGGUGGGCUAUUCGGUUUGAUGUGGGUAAUACCGGUUUUGAUGACACCCACAACAUUGGCCCAGUGCAAGUCGUUGAAGACAUUGGAAACAAAACUCACCGACAGAAGACGUAACUUUAAGCACAAUUUCCCCAUUAAUUACACCAUCAAAGUUCACUAUGAAGAGAUCUUCAAGCUCUGCAACAUCAGCAGGCUGAGGGUGAGGGUGGUGGAUCUGGAGGAGGGGGACCUGCAGGAUGUGUGGCUUUUGGUCAACCAGGAGGUGUUGAAGAGAAUCUUGAGGGUCCUGCCAGAGAGACAUCCCUCCUACAAGUACACCUCCGAUCUGGAAGACCUCUUCAGGAAGAUCCAGCAGGUGUUCCCACCACAGAGUGAUGAGAGAGAGCCCCCAGAGCGAAUAGAGGAGAUCUACAAUAGAGUGAAGGAGCCCAACUCAAAAGGGUGGAGGUUCGUGACCCCCAAAUCCCUGUUGGAUAACUGCUAUAGGACAAUGCACUGUCUCUUCAAAAACUGCUUUCCCAGUGAAGAUGGAGAGCAAGACUGUGAGUGCACUUCACUCCCUUAUUAUAUUUCCUGUCUUCUAUUACCUCUUACCUCUUAUCUCUACCCUAACCUCUCUAUGUUGGCAAUUUCCCAGGAACACAAACCUACUCAACUGGUUUGGCAUGUUGUGUCAAUUGUAUCUCUUCAGUGUCUGUAGACACUAAGUUGUUCUUAUUCAACACUGUUUAAAGAGAGAUAGUUGUCUGUGCCACAGGUUCCCAUGAGGUCUCUGCCUUAAAAGGAGAGUGACUUGGACAGGCCUGUUAAUAUCUCCUGUUAGCCUAUUCAUGAAUCAUUUACACAUCCAUUAUACGUUAACACAUGACUGUAUCAUUCACUUUUAACCACACAUGUUAAUUGCAUCAGCACCUCUUAAGGUACAGUGGGGCAAAAAAGUAUUUAGUCAGCCACCAAUUGUGCAAGU